GUGGAGGUGCGCGGCUCCUGGAACGGCUGGCAGUCCCCGCUGGUCCUGUCGCAGGGUGCCGGUCAGUCUUGGGCGGGCAGCCUCAGUCUAUCCGAGUGCCAGCUCCCAGUCCAGUACAAGUUCAUCGUCGACGGGAGCUGGUGCGUCGAUGAGCGGCAGCCGACCGUGGAGGACGGUUCUGGGAACCGCAACAACAUCAAGCACGGGUCCAGGCCGGCUGCCGGAGGUGUGGCAGGCGGGGAGCUGCAGCCGAUCGCGGGGCCGGACUUGCGCCAUGGCGGGCCCCUGGGGAUCUUGGCCGCGAAGCAGGUGCUCAACCUCCUGCACGCGAAGCUCGGCCGCGAGGGCUUCACCGAGAUUGCCUCGCGCCGGCUGGCCGAGGACGUCGUGUCGGUGCAGAGGCGCGCCCCUGACUCAGGCCGUGCCACCUGGUUCGUCGUGCGGUCCGCCUACUCGCGGGACGGCGUGCAGGACCGCCUGCCCUGCGACAUGGACGUCCUGACGGUUCCCGGUGAGAUCGAGCAGCUGCACGCGGCCGCCACGCUCAGCGUGGACCGCGGCCAGAGGUCCGAGGCAAACGACAAGUUCCUCACGGGCCUUCGCGGCAGCCUGUGCGUGCGCGGCUCGAUCCAGGACGUCGCCAACGUGUGGCGCGAGGGCUCGAACACUAUGGUCAAGCUGCACACCUUUCCGGCGGGUAGCGUCCUGGUGUUCAGCACGGCCCCGGGGCUCGAGGCGGAGUGCCGGUCGCGGCUGGACCGGCUGCUCGCGGCGGAGGCGGUCGAGCGCCCCCUCAAGGAGCUCUCGCUCGCGGAGCUGAACUACCUGCUCUUCUCCUGCGAGGCGGAGGAGCUGGACCGCUCCGACGGGCAGCGCGGAGCCUACAACGUCGACGGCCACGGGCCCUUCAUGUACUGCGGCCUGAUGGGCGUCUGCGCGGCCCUCGACGAGUGCCGCCGCUCCAUGACGGACGUGCUUGGCUCCCCAGUUCUAGGAAACGUCCGCGACGGAGACUGGCUGCUCGACUAUCUGACAGCCCGGCUCGACGACAUGCCCGCUCUGGCGGGGGUCAGGGACUGGAUGAUUCAG